AUAUAUUUCAGUACCCUAAUCUCAUUUCUUUCCAAUCUCCCUUUGAGACAACUCUAUCAUCAUCAUCAUCAUAGAUCAUUUUGCUAUAUAUAUAUAUAUAUCAUCUGUCCAAUUAUUCCACCAAAAAUGGGUAUCAGAAAACACAAUAAAUUGUCACAAAAAGCAGUAAUUAAGCAGAUAGUGAAGCGAUGUUCGAGCCUGGGAAAGAGACAACAUGGGUAUGAUACUGAAGAAGCGGUGCUGCCGUUGGACGUUCCGAAGGGGCACUUUGUAGUGUACGUAGGUGAGAAGAGAAGAGAAGCAGACGUCCCAAUUUCAUAUCUGAGCAGCCCAGAAUUCCAGAACCUGCUUCACAGAGCAGAAGAAGAGUUCGGAUUUGAUCAUGACAUGGGCCUCACCAUUCCUUGUGAACAAGAGGUUUUUGACUCCCUAACAUCAAUGCUUAGCUAGAAACAUAUAUAAAUAUUUCAAAACUAUUUACAUAUAUAUUAUCCCUUGCUGGGUUUUUUUUUUUUUCUAAAAAAAAAGAAAUUAAUUUAUCUUGGCUGACGGAAAAAUGAAAACCCAUGAUAAUAUUA